AUGAAAUCCACGGCCUGCCUAAAUGCAGCCUCAGUCGCCCACUUACCCACUCUCUUGUUCAGGUCAGAUCUGACCGCGAAGCCGUGGGAUACCCCCGAGUGCGGCGUCAUCUCCUACGGGCACAACGUCUGCUUGAGCAGCCUGUCGGUCAAAUGUCUGUUCUCUACCGUGGAAAUAAGAUCAUCCUCUCCUGCGGCACUCGAAAUGGGCCCCUUGAUACCUUUGACCUCCUCGGAGACAAACGAAAGGAUUCGCCAGGUAGCCGACAUCAACUCGGCCGUCUCCUCUCACGAAACGACAAACAUGUUUUGCGCCAAAGCAAUACCCAACAGCUCCGAUCCUCUGUAUGCCGUGAUCAUUGUGGAGAUAGUCGAUGCAUUGUUGGACGAUCGGGUUAACCUGCUUAGUGGUAUGAGGGUUGUUUCCGUCAGUGCCCUUGUUGACCUGACCCACAAAGGCGAAAUCCUCGCGCACGGUCGGUGGCAGACAGUCAGUCUUGAACAGAUCCGCUAG